AUGUUUUUGUCCGAACAAUCGCCGCCAGAUCUACAAACACCAAAAAUUCAUAUCCAGAGUCCUUCCCCUGAAGUCACAAAUCAAGAAACGUCUCCAAAGAAGAAGACAAGCCACAAGCACUCCCAUUCUUCAAAACUUGCAACAUCACCUGGAAAGAGGUCAAUUCCCUCGACCAGCAAGAGCAAGGAGAAAGAGUCUCCAGCAAAGCACUCGCAACCCCCUGAAAAGAGCAAGAUGGGCGGAAGCUCACGACACAGCUCACAUGGCUCCCACAGCUCCCACAAGGGUAGCUCGUCAUCGCAUUCUUCCAAAAAGUCAAAGUCAACCCCAAUAGAUGAUCUUGACUGGUCAGACAUCACAGAUCCUGAAGAGAGACGAAGAGUCCAAAAUCGGAUCGCUCAGCGCAAAUUCCGAGAAAAGGCAAGAGAGAACAAGGAGAGAACAGAGCGGGAUUCUCGAAACCAGGAAUAUGCUGGCAACAGCUAUCGAAUUCCUUCUGCCAAUGACUUCAGUUCCUACUCAGAACCCUCAGGUCUUCCUUGGGGCAGUAUGAACAUUGGUCCCUUUGCAGGCAGAAGCCGAGAGGCUGAGAGUCGACACAGCAGCAGUAGGAGAGGAACGCACAGCGCAGGCGACAGCUUUGCAACAGCGGCAUACGGGGCUUCACCGUCCUACAAUACGCAAUGGACGCAGCAACCCUACGGCGAGAGCAGUGGAGGAGAUGAGAUGUACUAUGACGAUUCAUACUUGUAUAACCCAAGCCCAGAGCAAUAG